AUGAACCCUCCAAUUUCGACCUUCGAGGACGACGAACUUUUUCUUAAGGAGGUUGUGGCAGCAGUAGCAGCAGAGCGACAAGACGGUGGCGCUGUGGCAACUAUGGGUCGUCAUGGUGGUAGCUUCUACGAUGAUGCCGACGGUGAUACUGAUGCAGCUCUGGUUACCACUACCGACACCAACGACAACAUCCUUUUGGGUGAUAUAUUACAAACCUUACAGCAUUCCGAGGCCUUGUUGCGAUCAGUUCGAGAAGAGAAUUCUGGGCUUCGUACACAUCUUGGUAUACUAGAACAACAGUUGGACAGAACGAGGGAGAAUCUCAGAGAUCUAACCGCUCGUAAACUAUUAGAGUCAACAUCUAUUACUUUAUCGCCCCCUACUACCACCACUGUUAAGGCGGAUUCUACAAUCAUUCCUGUUAAUAUGGAACAGGAUACUGCAGAGGAUGAUGCUAUCAGGGGUACAGCUAAUAGUGCUGAUAAUGAUGUUGCCUAUUCUCAUACUGUUGGUGCAAGUGAGGAUCACUCUGCUAGUGUUAAUACUAGGAGGUCAUCUUCAACGAGGACCACUACUAAGCCUGUUAAUAACUUUACUAUAUCUUGGUCGUCUGUCGUGAAGGGUGAGUUGACUGAUACUACUACUACUGAUAAUGAGCAUACUGCUACUCCUACUACCAUCCCGGUUGAUGCUAUUCCUACUAUGGGUGAGGAGAGUGACAGGAAGUAUGAUAGUGUUGAUGAAGAGUACGGUUCUGGUGAUCAUGAUGAUGAUAUGUUGGCCUGCAUCCCUGAUGAACAGGUUGUAUGUGUUAAGAAAAUCCAAUUGAUUAAAGCUAAUGUCUCUACUGUCCUUCAUAAAUAUUUUUCUUCUUACGGUCACGUUGUGACCAUUCUAUUGUUGCAAAGGAAGACUCGAUCUCAUACAUCCACAUUGCCCCCUAACAUGGGAUUUGUGGUUAUGAGUGACUCUGAUGCUGUCAGGAGGAUUCUCCAUAAUCCUGAACAUAAUAUUCAAGAACAAGCGCAAACUCGAGACCGGAACCGAGACGGUCUCGACAUCUAA